AUGCCGCCGCCGCCGCCGCCGCCGCCGCCGGACGUCCUCGAGGCCCUCCUCGACGCGUGCGAGGAGGGCAACCUCUCCGCCGUGAAGGCGACGAUCGCGCGCGCGGGAGGCGGCGGGCGCGGCGCGAGGGCGCUCCUCGCGGGGAAGGACGCCGACGGGCAGCUCGCGAUCCACCGCGCGACCAACUCUGGCGACCUGGAGUGCGUGCGAUUCGUGACGGAGAACGGCGACGUCGGCGCGUGCAACGCGCGGGACGACCACGACAUGACGCCGUUCCAUCUCGCGUGCGAGGGGGGCUUCCUGGACAUCGUGGUGCGCCGCCCGGGCGGGGUCGGCCCGCUCUAUAUUUUCUAG